GUAACAAUUAAAGGGCCUCCCGGUGAAAGCAGAAAGCUGUUUAUUUUCUGUUACAUCACUUCACUUUGCCUUCGAAGACUGGUCUGCGCUCAGUGUUUUCUGGUGAUGCAAGUCAGCUCUCUUCCCCUAGCAGUUGGAUCGCUCCCAUCUCACAGCACCUCACAGGUCUCUCCCUCGGAGCCGCGCACUGCUGGAGCGAGGAGCCGCUCACGAAUCAGCUGCAGGUCCCUGUUUUGAAAAGCAGAGAUACAGAGGCAGAGGAAAAGGGUGGACUUCUAUGUGACCUCUUCUGAAAGCAAGACAACCACCAUCCGAAUUCCAGAAGCCCUGUUCAUGUGUGGGGAUAUUUUUUCGACUACACAGAAUCAAAAAGAAGCAAAAGGAUGGGAAAUGCCUGCAUCCCCCUGAAAAGAAUUGCUUAUUGCCUGUGUCUCUUAUCUGCGCUUGUGCUGACUGAGGGGAAGAAACCAGCGAAGCCAAAAUGCCCUGCUGUGUGUACUUGUACCAAAGAUAACGCUUUAUGUGAGAAUGCCAGAUCCAUUCCACGCACCGUUCCUCCUGAUGUUAUCUCACUAUCCUUUGUGAGAUCUGGUUUUACUGAAAUCUCAGAAGGGAGUUUUUUAUUCACACCAUCGCUGCAGCUCUUGUUAUUCACAUCAAACUCCUUUGAUGUGAUCAGUGAUGAUGCCUUUAUUGGUCUUCCACAUCUAGAGUAUCUAUUCAUAGAAAACAACAACAUCAAGUCCAUUUCAAGACAUACUUUCCGGGGACUAAAGUCUUUAAUUCAUCUGAGCCUCGCAAACAACAAUCUCCAGACACUCCCAAAAGAUAUUUUCAAAGGCCUGGAUUCUUUAACAAAUGUGGACCUGAGAGGAAAUGCAUUUAAUUGUGACUGUAAGUUGAAAUGGCUGGUGGAAUGGCUCAGCCAUACCAAUGCAACUGUCGAAGACAUCUACUGUGAAGGCCCCCCAGAAUACAAGAAGCGCAAAAUCAAUAGUCUUUCCUCCAAGGAUUUUGAUUGCAUCAUUACAGAAUUUGCAAAGUCUCAAGACCUGCCUUACCAGUCACUAUCCAUAGAUACUUUUUCUUAUAUGAACGAUGAGUACGUUGUCAUUGCUCAACCUUUUACUGGAAAAUGCAUUUUCCUUGAAUGGGACCAUGUAGAAAAGACUUUCCGGAAUUAUGACAACAUUACAGGCACAUCCACUGUAGUGUGCAAGCCUAUAGUCAUUGAAACUCAGCUGUAUGUUAUUGUGGCCCAGCUGUUUGGUGGCUCUCAUAUCUAUAAGCGAGAUGGUUUUGCAAACAAAUUCAUAAAAAUCCAGGAUAUUGAAAUUCUCAAAAUCCGAAAACCCAACGACAUAGAAACAUUCAAGAUUGAAAACAACUGGUACUUUGUUGUUGCUGAUAGUUCAAAAGCUGGUUUUACUACCAUUUAUAAAUGGAACGGAAAUGGAUUCUACUCCCAUCAAUCCUUACAUGCCUGGUACAGGGACACUGAUGUGGAAUAUUUAGAAAUAGCCAGAACACCUCUGACACUUAGAACGCCUCAUUUAAUCCUGUCCAGUAGUUCCCAGCGUCCUGUAAUUUACCAGUGGAACAAAGCAACACAAUUAUUCACUAACCAAACUGAUAUUCCUAACAUGGAAGAUGUCUAUGCAGUAAAGCACUUCUCAGUGAAAGGUGAUGUAUACAUUUGCUUGACAAGAUUCAUUGGUGAUUCCAAAGUCAUGAAAUGGGGAGGCUCCUCAUUCCAGGAUAUUCAGAGGAUGCCAUCGCGAGGAUCUAUGGUGUUCCAGCCACUUCAGAUAAAUAAUUACCAAUAUGCAAUUCUUGGAAGUGAUUACUCCUUUACUCAAGUGUAUAACUGGGAUGCAGAGAAAGCCAAAUUUGUGAAAUUUCAGGAAUUAAAUGUUCAGGCACCAAGAUCAUUCACACAUGUGUCCAUUAAUAAGCGUAAUUUUCUUUUUGCUUCCAGUUUUAAGGGAAACACACAGAUUUACAAACAUGUGAUAGUUGACUUAAGCGCAUGAGACACCAAAUCCUGUGGCUGCUACCAGAAACUUUCUACAAUACAUGACCUGGAUGAACUCAAUGCAUGAUGACUCUUCUUAUCACAUUUGCAAAUGAAUGCCUUUUAAACAUUGAGACUGCUAGAACCAAGCACUACCAGUACGCCAACCCUAACUGUCUAAUUCAGUGAUGUGGGAAGUUAUCUUUUAUAGGACAGAUUUAAUUGUGUAACUGUUCUUUGCAGUGAAGAUGUAUAAAUAAGUGUUUAAUGGUAUCUGUUACUCCAAAAAGAAAUAUUAAUAUGUAAUUUUCCAUUUAUUUAUUCAUGUGUUCAGAAACAACUGCCAAAUAAAAUGUUUACAUUUUCUUUCAUAUCCCAAAGGUAAUUAUUUUACAGGAGGUGUUUAUUCUUCUUGAUGGUAUGUUAAGGAAAUAGUUUUAUAAAAUAAGAUUAUAUUUGGAUCAAGAAUUUAUGGUGUGAAUAAUGAGUAAAGAUAAAACACUGAGAUUGAUUACCCCUUAAUUUUCUAUGUCUGUGUCAGCUGAUUUGGAACAUUCAGAGGUAUUUCCAGAGGUCAUAGAUUUUAGGGACACUCUGAAGUAAAAUUUUGACAAAUAAAAACAAGAGUACAGAAAUUUUGCCUGUUACAGAAAGCCUAGUUUGAAAUAAAUGUGGAAAUCGAUCAUCCUUUCUUGUUUGAGAGCUCAGGCUUAACUACAUCAUUCAGACAAUGUAUAGAAAAAUUAAACAUUAAUAUUUAGGAUUUGAAAAUCCCUAUUCAGGGACUAAAUGUCUGACUAGCAUCGUCUGGCAGCAUAUAGAAAUUGUAACUUUACAGCACCUGCCUCAAAUCUACCUAUUCGAAGGCCUCUGGUCUGAUCAAGCGUGCUGCACUUUUAGAUACUGAUUUUGAUCUUACUGACUGCUGCACAGUAUUCAGAAGGCUCAUCUUGAGUUUUCUGGAUUUCUGUUUCUAGAUCGUGGGGUCCUUGGCACCUGGCACAAUGCCUGUGCUGUAUCAGGCUCUCAGAAGAAGCAUAUGAGCCCUUCUCUCACACUGAACGUGUGAGGCCUUGUCAGUCAGUACUUACUGGAUACUUAUUAAGAAUGACAAGGGGAGUACUGAAGAAGGGCAGGGCCUGAUCCUUGCCCUCUGAGGUCUUAAGAGAAGAACUGGAUUAAAAUACAAAAUCUAGCAGAGUAAGCAUCAAGUGCCAGAAAUCAUGUGAACAUUUCAGAUUAUAAGUAACACGGGAGUAUCAAGUACAACUUCCAGGACAUUGUCAUCUUCACUGAAAUUUAAAGGAAAAGUAUGAUUUCUAUAGAGGAUCAUGGCAGAGAAGAUAUUCCUGGCAGAAAUGAGUUGCAUGUGCUGACUUUAUGGAGGGGGAUCAGAGUUUGCUCCUACUCACCGUCUACCAGACUGUUUUGCCAGAUACUCUGGGUAAAGGAAGGCAGGCCACAGCCUCUCCGCCCAACCCAGAUCUGGCAGGCCAAAUCAUCAAAGGCACAGACAAUAUUUACACAGCCUCCUGGCAGCACACCCUGGGGAGUUAUGAGAACAAGAACCAGAUUUCUUUAUCCAUACAGAAAAGCUGUGAGGUUUGGCAUCAGGGUUACAGAAGAAAAGAACACUUACUCACUGCUGAGCUACACCUAGGAAGAACUAACCUUGAAAUUUCUCUUACUGUUGGCUCAGUUCUCUGUUUCUGUGAACAGAAUCAUACGCUGUUGGAGAACACCCAUUUGGUACAGACUGGAUUUAAAUCCAGCUGUGCCAUGCAUUGGCUUUGCCAUCAGCAAGUGACUUCACUAAGCUGAGCCUGUACUUCAUUUGUAAAGCGGGGCAAUAAUGCAUUCAAGAGUAAGGGGAGGAGUAAAUGAGGAGGCACAUGUGCCGCACGUUGUAUUUUCCACAUGUGGUCACUUCCAUUUCUCCCCAUCCCCUGUGCUCUGUAACUCUUGCCCCACCUCAUCAAGAGGUGGCACCUAAGUCACUUGUUCUAUCCAGGUGGUUUGUUACUCACUUGUAACCCAUAGAAUGUAAUGGAAAUCAUGCAGUUUGAAUUCUGAGGCUGUCUUAAAAAUGGUAAAGCAUCUGCUUUAUAAAUUUGGACACUGUACAUGGACCUUUUAACAGCUAUGUAGGAAGUUAUACUAGCCUGGGGCUACCAUCCUGUCCUGAAGCCCAGGGCCAAUGAAGAAAUCACAUGUUGGUGCUUUAGCCAAGUCUCACAAACAGCCAUCACCAACUUCUAGUCCUGGAAGUGAAGAUGCUUCCGUGGUUCCAUCUCCUGCUGUCAAGUUACAACCAGACAUCAGCCCUUCCCAAGUGAAGCCACAGACAUUAUGGAGCAGAGAAAAUCCAUCCCCAUGAUGCCCUGUCCAACUUCUUAACCCCUAUACUCUAAGAGCAUAAUAAAAUGUUUGCUUUAAA